CUCAACUGGAGUAAGCACAAAUGUCUCCUUAUCAAUGUUCAUGGUUAAAAGCGGAAAAAGAUAUAGAUAUCGUAUGAUCAGUGCUUUCAGUACGGUUUGUUUGGCUGAAGUAACAAUCGAGAAGCAUUUCAUGCAGAUAAUUGCAACAGACGGCGAAAAUGUGCAGCCAAUAUUGGUAGAUGCAAUUACUUUGGCCUCAGGUGAACGUGUUGAUUUUGUCCUAUAUGCGAAUCAAACUCCAGGUUUUUAUUGGUUACAUGUACGAGGACUUGGAGAAUGUCAAGAAAGACAAAUAUAUCAAUUAGGAAUUCUCGCCUAUCAGGAUAGUUCUAAAUCAUCAUUAUCAUCAAAUCCAGGAUACUAUUUUAACCAAUCUAAUAAUGUUGUGAGUAUAACACCAAAUAAAUAUUAAAUAUAGUAAAUUUUG